AUUGAGCCCUUAAUGAAAGAAAACAAAGUAUUUGUCCAGAUGCCAUCUACUUGUAAUAGGGGAAGAAAGCUCUGCUAUGGCUUACCCCUGGAAAACAUGGGAGCUCUUUUAAAGAAAAAGCACUGUACACUCACAUUUCCCUGAAGUGAGGUGUUUUGUUUUGUUUUAAUUCAUGCACCAAAUUGUCUGUGAAGGCAAAUAUUUUGUUUAUAAUUUUCCAUGCUGAUAUAGAGACAAUCUGCUGUCAUUGCCCAGGGGAUUAGUGUCCAGAGAUGGGAUUAUAUUGUAGCCAAGCAGGAACUGAAUGAGGUGGAUAUGGAGCGUGAAAAAGAGCAGUGAGCAUUUUCUUGGGAAGCGUGAAACUUCAAGGCCUAUGAAACAGGCCUUGGUGUGAGCUGCACAGAGACCACAAAUGUGGUAUGGAAGGAAAUAAGUCUGAACAGUUGGGGCCAGUUUGGUAGGAGGUGCAUGAGCGUUCCCCUCCCUGCUGUUUGGCUCAAGGCCUCUUGCCUAGUGGAACGUUGUGUUAGCCUCAGUCCUACAGUGCUGAAGAAGCUGGACUGAAGCAGGGAAGACCUUCCCCCUUCUGAAUCCUGCCACUUCCUCAAUAUGCAAACCUGGGAAUCAUGCAUCAACAACCCUUUUUGUUUCCUGAUCUUCCCAGGAUCAUGGGAAAAAGAAAAUUUGAUGUGUGCAUUUCAAAUUCGCUACCCUUAAAAGGAGAUCCACAAGGUCCUUGCGUCCACAGGUUCUUCUCAGUGAUUUACAUGGGAUCGCUGGAUGUCUCCUGCUUGAUGAGACCCUUUUUGGUGGGGUGUGGGGCCAGUGUCCACAGCUCUGGCUUGCUCUACCCAAAGGUGGCUUGGGUGAUUAGACUGAUGGCUUCCUGACGUCAGAUGAGAUCCGUUAAAAGGUAUUUAUCUCAGGCUUGGGCCAAAGCUGUGGGAGAGAUUAAAAAAGAUUGAGGCCAAGAUAAUCCCCUCGCAGCAUCCCACUAAAGUGGCUGCCAAAAGGCACACCACCAAAUCUUUUACUGCUCCUGGCCUCUGCGCCCAGUUCUGUUUUCCCCACGCAGAGCUGGAGUUUGCUGCCCAGAGAGGCUGGGACCCCUACCCUACACCACUGUGGGUCUUGCCUUGGCAGGACUGCUGUGAGUGACACAAUUUCCUCUUCCUGGCGUGCACAGGGCACAAGUGGCACUCUGUAUCUGCAAAAAUGGGAAAUUUCUGUGGACGUGAGGAGGAGUGUGCUACUCUCUCUUUUCACCCCUCCCCAUCCACCUGCUUUGCAUUACGUCCCAAUCCGAUUUCCCCAAGUCUCUGGUGUCUGAUUUAAUUUGCCUGACGCUGCUCCUGGAAUCAGCCCUCCCCCGACCCCUCCCGUCCACAGCCUUCCAGCUCCCCAUGGGGAGAUCAGUCCUGGGAGAGGUUGAGGAGCUGAGAAGGAGCGAGGGUGGACGACAGGACCGAUUGGGCACCACGAGGGGACGAGGACCUUCUGGCUGGAGGGAAGCCAUCCUCAGCUGGGAGGCAGGCUGUGAGACUCCCAGCUAGGGAAAACGACGCAGCCUACGCUACAGAUCCUGAUUCAAGGUUGCCCACGUGGAAAAGCCACCUCUAGCUCAGAAAGAUGGGAGAAAUGGAACAGAUGAAGCAGGAGGCUGAGCAGCUGAAGAAGCAGAUUGCGGAUGCCCGGAAAGCUUGUGCAGACACAACACUUGCUCAGAUUGUGUCUGGAAUGGAGGUUGUCGGCCGCAUUCAGAUGCGGACCCGAAGGACUCUGCGUGGGCACUUGGCCAAGAUCUACGCCAUGCACUGGUCAACAGACUCCAAACUACUGGUCAGUGCCUCACAAGAUGGGAAACUGAUUGUGUGGGACACAUACACAACUAACAAGGUUCACGCCAUCCCUUUGCGUUCCUCCUGGGUCAUGACCUGUGCCUAUGCACCCUCAGGUAAUUUUGUGGCCUGCGGGGGCCUUGACAACAUGUGCUCCAUCUACAACCUCAAGACACGUGAAGGCAAUGUCAAAGUGAGCAGGGAACUCUCAGCUCAUACAGGUUACCUCUCCUGCUGCCGGUUUCUUGAUGACAACAGUAUUGUGACUAGCUCUGGAGAUACCACAUGUGCACUCUGGGACAUUGAGACAGGGCAGCAGAAGACCGUUUUCCUGGGUCACACUGGAGACUGUAUGAGCUUGGCAGUUUCCCCAGACUUCAAACUGUUCAUCUCUGGAGCCUGUGAUGCCACUGCCAAACUGUGGGACGUGCGGGAGGGUACCUGCCGCCAGACAUUCUCAGGGCAUGAGUCUGACAUCAAUGCCAUCUGCUUCUUCCCUAACGGCGAAGCCAUCUGCACUGGCUCAGAUGAUGCCACCUGCCGCCUCUUUGACCUCCGGGCAGACCAGGAGCUCAUAGUGUACUCUCACGAAAGCAUCAUCUGCGGAAUCACAUCAGUCGCCUUCUCCCGCAGCGGGCGCCUCUUGCUUGCUGGAUAUGAUGACUUUAAUUGCAACAUCUGGGACUCCCUGAAAGCAGAACGUGUGGGAAUCCUUUCUGGCCACGACAACAGGGUGAGCUGCUUGGGCGUUACAGCAGAUGGCAUGGCUGUUGCCACUGGCUCCUGGGACAGCUUCCUCAAGAUUUGGAACUAAGGACAGCAGAGGAGAGAGAAAGAACAGCGGAAGCAUGGCCCACGGCAACCGCAUCAUCAGCCAAGCACAACAGAAACACCCACU